AUGGGUUCUCUUAGAGGAAACGUUGAAGCAGAGCCCAUCUCUCAGUCAUUAGCUAGGCAAGGCUCUUCUCUCUAUAGCUUAAAGCUCCAUGAAGUCCAAACCCACUUGGGAAGCUCCGGAAAACCACUAGGAAGCAUGAACCUUGACGAGCUUCUCAAGAGUGUCUGGUCUGCUGAAGCUAAUCAGCCACCACAAGCAACAACAGAGGAAAGGAUUGCUCGUCAGGGAAGCUUGACUCUGCCUCGAGAUUUCAGCAAGAAGACGGUUGAUGAAGUUUGGAGAGACAUUCAACAGGACAAGUAUGGAAGCAGUACUAAUCCUCAUCAUGCUGAGAUGAGAGAUAAUAAUAAUAAGCAGCCUACACUCGGUGAAAUCACACUUGAGGACUUGUUGAUGAAAGCUGGUGUAGUGACUGAGACACUAGUCCAAGGCUCGAACCAUGGUGGUGGUGAUGGUGGUUUGGGGCAAAACGUAGCUCAAAAUGGGCAAUGGAUUCAGUAUCAUCAGCUACCUCCGAUGCCACCACAGCCUCAGCAUCAUCAACAUCAAGGGUUUAUGCCGUAUCCGGUUUGUGAGAUGCAAGAAAUGGUGUCUCCAACGUCUAUGAUGAUGGCUGGAAUAUCUGAUGUUCCACAAGCGCAUGGGAGGAAAAGAGUGGCUUCAUCAGGAGGAGAGAUUGUGGAGAAGACUGUAGAGAGGAGGCAGAAGAGGAUGAUCAAGAACAGAGAAUCUGCAGCACGCUCACGAGCUAGGAAACAGGCUUAUACUAAUGAACUAGAGAUUAAGGUUCAAAAGUUAGAAAAAGAAAAUGAAAAACUUCGAAAGCUACAGGAGGUGGAGAAGAUACUUCCAAGUGAACCGCCACCGGAUCCUAAAUGGAAGCUCCGGCGAACAAGCUCUACUACUUUCUGA